AUGGUCAGCGCGAUACCUCGUCGCAAUGAUACUCGGUCCCCCGAGAAGCCGCGCAAACUCUCAAAUCCGCGACUCCAAGGAGACAAACUCAUCGUCCGUUUAAAACUGCGACCAUCAAUCCUCGCUCAAUUUCCCACCAAACCAAGAAGUCUAGAAGAAAAGCCGACGACAAGGCCACUCCUUAAAGAGAACGAGACACAUCAACUCAAUUUCAUCAGUCAACUCAUCGACGAACAAUUUGCAGAGAUAGAACGGUUAAAGUCAGAGAUCGCCUGCACGUCGGAAAACAUCGACAACUAUGCACGUGUGCACGAAAUGCACUCCAAUACCAUGUCUCGAACUCUGGCGGAUGCAUGUGAUCUGGGCAUGACAAGCUGUGAGAAAGAAGAUGGCGAUGGGGAUGUAAUGAGGUUCUUGAAAGACGAGAUCCAACAAACGAGAGAGGGCCUGAACAAUUGGUACAGGAUUUUAAGCGAGGCAAGGCAGGAGGUUGCAAGCAAGAAGUAUCAGAUAUCGAUGAUAGUCUCGAGUCUCAAGGCCUUGGAGAAAAAAAGACGGGAUCUGAGUCAAUGA